AUGGAAUUACUUUAAAAACUUAUUUCAAUUCCUAAAAAUGUUUUAUUAUCUCUAAAAUAUUUGUAAUAAAAGAAAUAACAAAUAUAAGUUAUAGAACCUAUAAAACUAAUUGAAGAUUGUAAAAUUGAAACUAUUGAGAUUAUGGAAUAAUAAAGAUUAAUCAAAAAGAAAAUUGUUGUUGAUAAACAAAUUUAAACAGAACUUAAUAUUGUAAGACUAUUAAAAAAUCUUAAUAGAAAUAGAUGAUUAAAAGAAAUAAUAAGAAAUAAUCAUAUUAAUUUAAGAAAAAUGAAAAGUAUGCUAAUAAAUAAGAUUAAAGUCUAAGUGAAGCAUCAUAAAAAACAAAACCUUCUUAAUAUUCCUAUUGCUAAAAUAACUUUAUAGAUUCAUUUGAAUUAGAAGAAAAAUAAAAGAAACUUGAAAAUGAGGGAUCAUUUUAUACCGCCUAAAAGAAAUCUUUAUAAUAAACUCAUCAAGAAUUUCUUGAUAAUUAUUUUAUUAAAUUAAAAUUACAAUUAGAUGAUAAAGAAAAUCUAAUUAUAAAAUAGAAUACAGACUUUUUAUUUAAGAGAAAUAAUUGA